AUGUCUGGCGAGGUAGACUAUGGAUUUGGCGACCUCAUGGAUGAUCCAGAGGAUUAUUGCCCACCUACGCCCCCUCCUACAUCUCAGAUCUUCACCAUGCAAAGCGGCAAGCCAAUAACGCUUCAUCUUGUUGGCGCCAGCCCUACCGAAGCCCACCAUCUCUGGAACGGUGCCAAGAUGAUCUCCGACUUCUUCGAGGAGGAUCCUUCUCGAGUACGUGAGAAGACGGUCCUGGAACUCGGUGCUGCGGCCGGUCUGCCCAGUCUUGUGGCUGCUAUUCUUGGUGCGCGCAAGGUCGUGGUUACAGAUUACCCCGACCCAGAUAUCGUCAGAAUCAUGCAGAAGAACAUCGACGAAUGUGACGAAACAGUUGAGCCUCGUGGUCGAAUCGCCAAUACUGUCGAUGCUGUGGGCUUCGUCUGGGGCGCUGACCCUAUCCCGCUGCUUACUCGCCUGAGCCCAACUGAUGACUCUCACAAGGACCGCUUUGAUGUUCUCAUCCUGGCAGAUCUUCUCUUCCGACACAGUGAGCACGGAAACAUGGUCAAAAGUAUCAAGGAGACCCUCAAGGUUUCCCGUGAGAGCGUGGCCUAUGUCUUCUUCACAUCAUACCGACCGUGGAAGAAGGAGCUUGAUGAGGGUUUCUUUGAUAUUGCGCGCGAUCAGGGCUUCGAGGUGGAACAGAUUGCUGAGCGAAGACUCGACAAGCCACUGUUUGAGAAUGACCCUGGUGACUUGGAUGUGCAGAAGACUGUCAAGGGAUAUGCUUAUCUCCAAGAUCUCAAGAGGGAUGGGUUUGUGGUCAUAAAGUCAAUCGUGAGCAAGGAUAAGCUCGAUGCUCUCCGCGAGGUUAGCUCAAAGGCUACUCAGCUGGCUCGUGAAGGGCAAUGGCCUUACGUACGGACUGUAGGGAAACAAUUCCCACCAUGGGAUGCCAGCCAAGCACGUGAGCAUGGAAUAUGGGGUGUCCAGCAUCUCAUGAACCCCGAUCUCCCAGGUCAUGAGCUAUUCACAGCGUUGUACUUCUCUGAAGCCAUCCUCGGCAUUGUGAAGCAGCUGCUGCAAUGCCAAGACGAGCAUCUCGUGAUGGAACUGUUCAACAUGCUUGUCAGGCCAGAAAGGGAUUUUGAGUUAAGGUGGCAUCGUGAUGAUAUCCCCGCUGAGGCUAGCGAGGACGAGGAGAUGGAGCGUCUUGGCAAGCAUGCCUACCAUGCUCAGUAUAACUUCGCUCUAUGGGAAGAUGAUUCUCUCAUCGUGGUGCCUGGCUCGCACAAGCGCGCUAGGACCUCGACUGAGCGAAACGCAGAUCCCUUUGCUAAGUCCCUGCCAGACCAGCUCAUCGUCAAGCUGCAGCCCGGUGAUAUUGUCUUUUAUAACAAUAAUAUUCUGCACCGCGGGGCUUACAGCGGCAGCAAGGAGCGAAUGACACUACACGGCUCUGUUGGCCAUGUACAGGGAAGCACUCUUCGAGCGAGGAACGUUCUACAGCAUGGAAUUGGUAGCUGGGUUGACAAAUGUGCUUUCGACUCGCUCCCGGAGGAAGACAGGCGAAGGGCCGACGGCAUGAGACAGCAUCUAAUCCAGCUUGGCGGUGAGAGCGGUCAAGUUGGUUACUCACUUCAAGGCUGA